AUAAGAUUUGUAAAAAUUGAUAAAUUAACGCUUGAUACAACAAAGUAUUUCUUAACUUUUUGAAAAUAUAUUUAAAAUAUAUAAAAUAUUUUUAUAUAUUUUUAAGAAAUAUAUUUUGUGAUAUAUAUAAUUUUUGUUAUUCUGUGCGCAGUAUAAAGGAUAACAUAAUAAAGAUAUAUACUCAUACUAUUUAUCAAAUAAAAUUUCCCGUAAGAAAAUGGUUACAGGAGCAAGUAGAAACGUCAUUCAGCAAUCACCUGUGCAUCUGUCUACAUCAGCUGAUCGGGCCUCGCCGUCUUCCACCCCGAAUGUACGAAAAAUAACGUAAAGCAGGUAACUCGCGCACCGUCAAUGGAUCCUGGAAAGUACGUCGCGGACUUGAUACGUCAAGACGUCGUCAAGCACCAACUCCAAGUGAACGCUUUAAUACAAGACAUACAACAAUGCAGCGGCCCUCUGGAGCUCUUGGAUGAGCUGAACGCGGACGGCAGGGGCAAGAUAGCGACGUUGAAGUCCUCCAUUGAGCAGCUGGCGUCCAUCGCCGAGACGGAACCGAAUGAGGACAAGAAGAGCGAGCUGCUGGCCGCUGUAGACAGCUACAAGAAGCAGCUCAACUCCUCGCUGGUGGCCUUCCGCAAGGCGAACAUCGUCAGUGCGUGCGCGAUCGAUAAACUGGCGAGGGAGAAUUUAUUCUCGAUGCCCGAAGAUCAGCAGAACGCUCUGCGGAAGCGACGCGACAAGCAGAGCCUGGCGAACACGUCCAGCAAGGUGACGGAUAAGCUGCUGAGCAUCGCGAGGCAACUGGCCGACACCACUCAGAGAAGCGCCGACACGCUGGACACUCUACUGACGUCUUCGGACAAGGUCGGCGGUACGAAGGGCGAGUUGGAGCAUCAGCAACAGGUGAUACUGCAAUCGGGGAAGCUCUUAGGGAAAUACGGCAGACGGGAGGUCACUGACAAGGCACUGCUCGCGCUGGCGUUUGCCUUCUUCCUCGCCUGCGUAUUUUACAUUCUACAAAAAAGACUGUUUUAGGGGCUCGCGCGGUUUUAAUGAACGUUAGAUAUUUGAAAUGAUAUUGUACACUACGUAGCAGAGGAAUUUUUAUAUGUACAUGAAGUAAUGUAUGAUAUAAUAUAUAUAUACACUAUGUGAUAUAAUAUUAUUAGGUAUUAAAAUAUAUAUUAUAUGUACAUCGAUAUGUAUAAUAUAUAUUUUAACAUAUACAUAUUGUUAAAGAGCGAGAUAAAGAUACACGGUGGGUUUUAUAAGUGAUGAUUUUACGCACGGGCGAGUUGCUUGUUGAUCUCCCGAGAUCGUUCUCAUUCCGUCACCAAAUUUUGCUAAACGUUAGCAACUGGUUGUAUAUAAUGGUGUCCUGUAAAAAGUAGAAUUUGUGAAGUCUCUUAGCACGUUUUCACCGCAUCGUGCUGAAUUUAGAUGUUACAAGGACUGAUAAUAAAAACAAUUAUGUCAUACCUUCUUUUACAAGCGUUUAAUCAAUGUUAGUUAAUUGAUUAUGUAAAAUAUCUCUGUGCUGUUGCGUGAAAGAAAUUUGAAUAUUUAAUAAAAGGCAUUUUUCAGA